AUGUCGUUAUGGCGUCGCCCGAGGUCGCCCAGUUGGUCGAUGGACAGCUAUUUCGACGAAAUGUCGCGACGUAUUGAUCGUGCACUCGAUGAGUGUAGACGUGAUAUGAAACGAUUCGAGGAAAGUUUCUUCCCACGGUCAAAAUAUGGCGAAGCACAGCGGGUAAUAAAUGAUGACCGAAAGUUUGCCGUAGAAUUGGAUGUGUCGCAGUUUCACCCAGACGAGGUGAAAGUCAAUCUGGACGGCAGAGAUCUGAUCAUCGAAGGACGUCAGGAACAUAAAAGUAAUGGGAACUACGAAAAAAGGUUUUUGACAAUUUGUUCUCUUGACUUUUUCUCCAUUAACCUUCGCAUGGGAAACUCUUUUGAUGGAAGCAUACUUUGA